AGCCUCAAUUCAAAUGUAUGAAUACGGGUAAUUACCCGGAUCCAUAUUCUGCAAUAAAAGAAAAAGUAUACAUUUUGAAAAUCGGUAAUAUAUAGACCAAAUCCACGUCAAUAAUAUCACACUUCCCAAUACAGGCUGCGAAACUCGAGAAUCUGCCUUCUUUCUUCUCUCUGAUCGCUCUCCGACGCUGGCGGCGCAUGUUAGUGAGAACCACCACAUCAGGUUGCAGAUAUGAUAACUGUCUGCUUCACCACUACUACUACUACUUCUUCUUCCAUUCUUAAACCUCUUUCUCACUUGCCCCGUUCACUUCCCAAACUUAAUCACCACACUAGAGUCCUUAUCAAGAAAAAAUCACUAAAAAACAAGGGAAUAUGCAGAGCAGAAUUCUCUCGGGACGCUCCUUUUGCUGCUGCAAUUGGUGCCUGUAUGUUAAGUUCGUUGCUUUUACCCAAUGCUGUGAACACUGACGACGAUGGUGAUUCCGCUAUUGAUUCUACCGAUGCUAGAUUGACUGCUAUGGGAAUCAUUAGUUUCGUUCCUUACUUUAAUUGGCUGAGCUGGGUAUUUGCUUGGCUUGAUACUGGGAAACGGCGUUAUGCUGUCUAUGCUCUUGUUUACUUGGCUCCAUAUCUCAGGUCUAAUAUGUCCUUGUCCCCGGAGGAGAGUUGGCUGCCUGUUGCUAGCAUUGUUUUGGGUAUCAUUCAUGUCCAGCUUGAAGCAAGUAUAAAAAAUGGAGAUAUUCAGGGAUUUCAAUUUUUUAACGAAGCUGCAAAUUUUCUAACGAAAAAGAAAGAAAUAAAUUUGAAAGAUCAUCAAGAACUAUACGAGGAGGGGAGGCAAGAACAUGAGAAUCUGCCAUCCGCUGAAGAGCUAAGAAAUGAGAUUCCAAAGUCAGGAGUUCAUAGGAAGUCCUCAAAACAUCCUGAAAACUCACAUGGCGGUUGGGAUGAUGGGGAGGAGAGGAAGAAGCAUUAGAGAUCAGCCUUGUAAUUCAUGCGACUGGGUUGCAAGCUAUAAAUUUUCUUGGCCAUCUGUCCGUUGGGUAAACUAGCAAUACAUCGAUGGCUUGUAAAUUAGGUUUUCGUUUAGACCCUGUCAGAAAUGCUUACAAGUGACAGGCAAAAUUUAGAAGUGGCAGACUUUGAUUACAGCAAUGAAACGCAUUAAAAAUCUUCCCUGGCUGGCUA